AUGGUGGUCGGCAUGUUCGUGGUGGGCAUUGGUCUUCUCAUUGCAUUCGCAUUCUGGGAGCAGAAUCGUGCGACAAUUCCCCUCCUUCCAUACAGCUUACUCAUGGAUCGAACAGUAUUCGGCGCAUGUCUCCUGUGUACCUGUCUCUUCGGCAGCUAUGCCGUUUGGAACAGCUACUUCGGCUCAUACCUGCAAGUCGUGCAAGGUCUCAGCGUAGAGGAAGCGAGCUACGUCGCACAAGCCUAUACCGUGGUCAGCGUGGUAUUCGCGGUCCUGGCCGGCUACAUCAUUCAUCGCACUGGCCGCUUCAAGACCGUAUCGCUUGUCAUUGGUAUCCCGCUCAGCAUGCUGGGUCAGGGUCUCAUGGUCCUUUUCCUCGCUCCGGGGAACACCGGGUAUAUCAUCGUGUGCUUCCUCUUCAUCUCCAUUUCACAAGGCGUCCUCGUCGUUACGGAUGAGAUCGCUAUCCUAGCCGCAGGGUCACACGAACAUGUUGCGGCGAUGCUCGCUCUCGUUAGCAUCUUCGGCAACAUAGGCGGGGCCAUCGGUCUGACUAUCGCCGCCUCAAUCUGGUCGGACGUGCUUCCAAGUCGAUUUCGGCAACAUCUGCCUACAGAGGAGAUGCCUGAUCUUCACAAGAUCUUUGGGGAUCUGGCGAAGCAGUUGUCUUAUCCGAUCGGCUCGCCCACGCGCAUCGCUAUCCAGCAUGCAUAUGAAAACGCGAUGUCUCGGCUUCUGAUCGUGAGUACGUGUAUCUGGGUCCUUGGUGCUGUUGGAGUGUUGAUGUGGCGGAACAUUAAUGUGAAGGAAAUUCAACAGAGCAAGGGCCACGUUUGGUAA